CUCGUCUGCUGCCUCGUUGCCGUUUGAACCUGAAACACUCCUGUAGUCGUUCUUCAUCCGCAUUCUGUGUUUCUGUCAAAAUGGGUAUCUCUCGUGAUUCCAUGCAUAAAAGGCGUGCCACUGGAGGCAAGAAGAAGGCUUGGAGGAAGAAGAGAAAGUAUGAGCUCGGAAGGCAGCCAGCAAACACCAAGCUAUCAAGCAACAAAACUGUGAGGAGAGUUAGGGUUCGAGGUGGGAAUGUCAAAUGGCGUGCCUUGAGGCUCGAUACUGGAAAUUACUCAUGGGGCAGUGAAGCUGUGACCCGCAAAACUAGAAUUCUAGAUGUGGUGUACAAUGCUUCUAACAACGAGCUGGUUCGUACUCAGACAUUGGUCAAGAGUGCUAUUGUGCAGGUUGAUGCAGCGCCUUUCAAGCAGUGGUAUCUCCAACAUUAUGGUGUUGACAUCGGUCGCAAGAAGAAGACUGCAACUUCCACCAAGAAGGAAGGAGAGGAAGGUGAAACUGCCACAGAGGAAGUGAAAAAGAGCAAGCAUGUAUUGCGAAAGCUAGAGAAGCGACAACAGAACCGGAAGCUGGAUCCUCAUAUUGAGGAACAAUUUGGAGGUGGUCGUCUAUUGGCUUGCAUCUCCUCUCGUCCUGGUCAAUGUGGCCGUGCAGACGGAUAUAUUUUGGAGGGUAAAGAACUGGAAUUCUACAUGAAGAAGCUUCAAAGGAAGAAGGGCAAAGGUGCCGGUUCUGCCUAAGAUUUCUCCUUUCUUGUUAAUCAAAAUUUCAUGUUCAACUUUCUGUAUCAGAAAAUUCGGAUCAGUUUUGGCAUUUCUACAUUUUUGGAAGCGUUUGAGAUAUAUACAUGCGUGUUUUGAUUUUAGUUUAGAGAUGACUGUUAUUAACAAUGCCACAUGCUUCUAUUUAUCAUCAUCCAAUCCAUUGAUCCAAGAAAGACGUUAUGAUGCAUUGACCUUCA